UUGCCAUCAAUAUGCAUUCGAAAGUGGAAUUUCGAAACUGUCAUGGUCAUAUUGUUUUCGUUUAACUGACAGGACGAGAAGUUAACCAAUUCUGCGUGGAUUAAAUAAUUGGCAAAAUGCUACCAUUGUCACUACUGAAGACUGCGCAGAGCCAUCCAAUGUUGGUUGAGCUUAAAAAUGGGGAGACAUACAACGGUCACUUGGUGAGCUGCGAUACUUGGAUGAAUAUCAACUUGCGGGACGUAAUCUGCACGUCAAAGGACGGAGACCGUUUCUGGCGAAUGCCAGAGUGCUAUAUCCGUGGGAGCACGAUAAAGUACCUCCGCAUCCCGGACGAAGUGAUCGACAUGGUUAAGGAGGACGCCCAAGUGAAGUCACGGAACCGUGCGGAAAUGAAGCCCCGCGGAGGGGUUGGCGGCGGUGGACAAAACCAGCGGGGUCGAUCUGGAGGCAGGAACACCUUCGCCAACCGCGGCGGAGGCGCCGGACGGGCGUCCUCGCAAGGCAACCGACCCCUUGCCCAGGGAAACAAGAUCAAAUGAUUCGCCUGCUCCGACCCCCCUGUAUGAAUGGCUUGUAAAGUGUUGAAUUCUAUUUUAAGCAAGUUCUGAUUCAAUGUGAUUGAGCUUAGUAUGUUAUUCCGACUAUUUAAUAAAAUAUUUCAAGCUGAA